GAAUUGCUAAGUAUAACUAGGAAUGUACAUCGCAUAAGAAUUCUUCGGGUGAGAGCGUAGGGAUCUCGCACUAUAUAAGAGGUCCCGGCCGACCUCCGGAUCCUCUCUGUGGUCCGCACUUCCAAGAUGACCAAAAAAAGGAGGAAUAACGGUCGGGCAAAAAAGGGCCGCGGUCAUGUGCAGCCUAUUCGCUGCACAAACUGCGCCCGAUGCGUGCCCAAGGACAAGGCCAUUAAAAAGUUCGUCAUUCGGAACAUAGUAGAGGCCGCAGCUGUCAGGGACAUUUCCGAGGCGAGUGUCUUCGACGCUUAUGUGCUUCCCAAGCUCUAUGUGAAACUGCAUUACUGUGUAAGUUGUGCCAUUCACAGCAAGGUGGUCAGGAAUCGAUCUCGUGAAGCCCGGAAGGACCGAACACCCCCACCCCGAUUUAGACCUGCUGGUGCUGCUCCACGACCUCCACCAAAGCCCAUGUAAGGAGCUGGAUCCUUAAGCACUGAAGAAAAACUGUCUUCUGGAAUAAAAUAAAAUUGAAAUUAUACUUUA